UGCUGCAAGCUGACUGGUUGGUGAACUGAUGCUAGAGUUUAAAAGUUUUGUAAAAACGGGAGUUUUAUCUGCGGUGCUGAAUCAUUUGAUAGUGUUCUUUUGAGGAAAUGAGGAAAAGUUUCAGUAGAAAAAUACUGAAAAAUGUAUAAGAUAAAUGUAGAUUUUGCUCAGUUGCUCCAUAUAAACCCAUUCAUUUAGGGUAAUUUUGGACUCACUCGAGAGCGCCCUCUAGAGGUGAAACAAGCCCAAAACACAUUCUGAAUUGAAUAUUGUCCUCUUUACUAGAGAGGCUCUGGUUUCCUCUUCAGCAGUGUAUGAUAGGUGGCAGUAUGGAACUAGUUUUCCAUCCGAAAACCCGCAGAAACUGGAUCUCCACGAGCUUUCAGCUAGUAAAUCUGUAGGAUUGAACAGUUCCAGUCUUCGCUGUGGAUCAGCGGAGUCCGUUCUGAGAAAUAAAUGAUCAUCAGUUAGAUGAAAUUAAUGGCAUCCUGUUCCCGGUCUCCUGCUCCUAGCGUAGACCUUCCAACCUGUUUGCUUAAGCUACGAAAAUACACUCAACCAGAACAUUUCACAAGAAGUUUAAACUACUAGAAGAAGGGAAGAACAUGGAAUCAAUCACAAAAAUCUCCAGUGCUCAGCAAACAUCCUCACCUACCCCUCCCAAACAAAUGCAGAAAAGAACAGGCAAGAAGAAAACACACCACUGCUCAGACUGUGGGAAGAGUUUUAGACAUCAGAGAGAUCUCCAACGACACCAGCGCAUUCACACUGGAGAGAAACCGUAUCACUGCUCAGACUGUGGAAAGAGUUUUAAUAAACCGAGUCAUCUUAAACUACACCAGCGCAUUCACACUGGAGAGAAACCGUAUUACUGCUCAGACUGUGGGAAGAGUUUUACUCAACAGGGCAAUCUCCAACUACACCAGCGCAUUCACACUGGAGAGAAACCGUAUCACUGCUCAGACUGUGGAAAGUGUUUUAGUAACCAGAGUAACCUCAAAAAUCACCAGCUCAUUCACACUGGAGAGAAACCGUAUCACUGCUCAGACUGUGGAAAGUGUUUUAGUAACCAGAGUAACCUCAAAAAUCACCAGCUCAUUCACACUGGAGAGAAACCGUAUUACUGCUCAGACUGUGGGAAGAGUUUUCGUCGUCAGAGUCAUCUCCAACAACACCAGCGCAUUCACACUGGAGAGAAACCGUAUUACUGCUCAGACUGUGGAAAGAGUUUUAAUCAACAGAAUACUCUCCAACUUCACCAGCGCAUUCACACAGGAGAGAAACCGUAUCACUGCUCAGACUGUGGGAAGAGUUUUCGUUACCAGAGUAAUCUCAAACUACACCAGCACAUUCACACUGGAGAGAAACCGUAUUACUGCUCAGACUGUGGGAAGAGUUUUCGUUACCAGAGUAAUCUCAAACUACACCAGCGCAUUCACACUGGAGAGAAACCGUACCACUGCUCAGACUGAGGGAACAGUUUUACAAAUCAGGGUACCCUCAAAACACACUAGCGCAUUUCACACUGGAAAUAAACCGUAUUAUUGCUUUGAAUGUGAAAAGAGUUUCCCUUAUUCAAGUAGUUUAAAGUUUAAAGAUAUUAAAAAUAGAGCUGAAUGAACAGGGACAGGAAAUGAUUAAAUAUAAUGCUACAUAACUAAAUACAGUUAGUCCUACCGUGGGAAAACUUGGACUAGCACUACUUUAACUCUUGUUUACUUUGAUUUUAGUGUAACAUUAGUUAACAUAACGAGCAAAGCAGCCUUGUGUGCGUUGACAAGAGGUGAUGCCAGUUAACUUAUGAAAUUUAGUCCAAGUUCCUGAUGUCUACGGGUAUAAUUAUUGGUAUAGGCAUAGUGGUUUUAUGGUAUUGAAAUUAUAUCUUCAUAAUGGAUGUAUGAAAUAAUGAGGAUUGAUGUUGGUGCGGGGCCAGUGUAAAAAUUGCCUUGAGCCCUAACAGACUGUACAAUUAUUUAAAUAUUUUUAAUCUAUGAUCAAUCUUAUUUGAAUCUAGAGAGCCUUGUCAGUGUUUGAUACAGCAAAAGACAUUGAACUGGGGUUUCCUGAUGGUUAGGCCACCCAAGAAGACAGCUUGAAAAUAGCUGCAAGUAGAGUAUUAGCUACAGUAUCUGACAUAUCUGAGUUCACUCCUCUCAUUUCUGCAGAUAUUUUGCAUAUAUUUGCAUGGGACAAAGCUAGUAAUAAAAUUUUGAUUAGUUACAGUGUACAGCUUGUACAGAUUUGUUCCCUGAAAUUAACUCCACACUUAGCCAUUAAUGUCCUCCAAUGGUGGAGGUAAUAUAUUUAACAUUAAAACAAACUGAGUCGUUUUUGCAGAUAUUCUCUUGUUUGUAAUUUGAUUCCAAAGAACAGGGGCAACACAAAAUAACAAUUUAAUGCAAAGUUGAAAAGGGUCCAGUUGUCUGACGAGUCCACGUGUCACAUUAUUUUUGGGUAAAGGACUGUACAGAUUGUUUUAGGCACAAAGUUCUAAAGCAGCAUCUCUGAUGGUAUGGGGGUGGGUUAGUGCCCAUGACAUGGGGAAUCUGCACAUCUGUGAAGCUCCAUUAAUGCUGUAAGAUACAUACAGAGUAUGAGGACAGAGUUUCAGAGCAACAUAUGCUGCCAUCCAAGCAAUGUCGUUAAAAGGACAAGUGGUGAAAGUGGUAAAAACGACCCUGUCCCAACUUCUUUGGAACAUGUUGCGGCAUCAAAUUUAAAAUGAGUGAAUAUUUGUAUAUCUUUGUAGUGAAUUCAGUUGAAUAUAGGUUUAAAAGGAUUUGCAAAUGUGUUCUGUUUUAUUUUUGUUUCACACAGUGUGCCCAUUGGAAUGUGGGUUGUACUGAUAUGUACAUUUGUUUGUCCUCCUUCUAUUUUAACCACUUUGUUUAAAAUAUAAAGAUUGUUUUUUUUGUGGUGAGUUAUUCAAAUAAACUGAAAAAGUAA